AUGGUCUACAUGAAACUGUUGUCAGGUGUGAACAGAAAAGUGACAUAUUCCCUGGCAGACUCCGCAGAUGGUUACUUCUCAGUUGACCGGUCAUCGGGAAUCAUUAUUUUGGAGCAUCCACUUGAUAGAGAGCUUCAGUCUUCCUAUAACAUCAGUGUAAAGGCCUCAGAUCAGAGCAUUGUGCUGACCUUGUCCUCAUUUGCCACCGUUACCAUUACAGUGCUAGACAUUAAUGACAACCCCCCUGUGUUUGAAAGAAGAGAUUAUCUUGUUACAGUACCUGAAGACACCUCACCUGGCACUGAGGUCCUUUCUGUUUUUGCUACAAGCCAAGACAUUGGUACUAAUGCUGAGAUUGCCUAUCUCAUCAGAUCAGGGAAUGAGAAAGGGAAGUUCAGGAUUAACUCAAAAACAGUGAAUCCCCUUAUUCUCAUAACAUUUGGGAUGACCAGUACAAAUCUGCCACCAGAGCUUCCGAGCAAAACAAUCUUGAUUUUGAAAGCUGAAGGAGCGAUUUCCAUUUUUGAAGCUUUGGAUUAUGAAUCGUGUAAGGAUUUCUACUUAGUAGUGGAGGCAAAAGAUGGAGGUACUCCAGCCCUGAGCGCCGUUACGACCGUGAACGUAAAUGUGACAGAUGUUAACGACAACGCACCGAAAUUCAGCCAGGUGGUCUACAGCGCAGUCAUCAGCGAGGAUGCCGCCAUCGGUGAUUCGGUGAUAAUGUUGAUAGCAGAAGAUGUGGACAGUCCUUCCAAUGGCCAGAUUCAUUUUUCCAUAGUGAAUGGGGAUCGAGACAAUGAAUUUUCGGUUGAUCCUGUUUUGGGACUCGUGAAGGUUAAAAAGAAAUUGGACCGAGAAAGGAUAUCUGGUUAUUCAUUAGUUAUCCAGGCAAGAGACAGCGGCAUCCCUCCUUUGUCUUCAUCUGUGACGGUCAACGUGGACAUUUCCGAUGUGAACGAUAAUAGCCCUGUAUUUACUCCAGCUAACUAUACAGCUGUAAUUCAAGAAAAUAAACCGGUGGGCACAAGCAUUUUGCAGCUGGUAGUGACAGACAAAGACUCUUUUCACAAUGGCCCCCCUUUUACCUUCACCAUCCUCACUGGCAAUGAAGAGGAGGAGUUUACACUGGACCCUCACGGCGUCUUGAGAUCUGCAGUCAUCUUCAAGCACAUGGUUGCAACCGAAUAUGUGCUCUGUGUGCAGGCAAAGGACUCUGGGAAGCCUCAGCAGGUUUCCCACACCUACAUUCAGGUGAGGGUUAUUGAAGAGAGCAUUCACAAACCGACUGCCAUUCCACUGGAGAUUUUCAUUGUCACCAUGGAAGAUGAUUUUCCUGGGGGAGUUAUUGGGAAAAUUCAUGCCACAGAUCAGGAUGUGUACGAUGUCCUUACAUAUACGCUAAAAUCAGAGCAGAAAAGUUUGUUCAAGGUCAACAGCCAUGAUGGGAAGAUCAUUGCCCUUGGAGGGCUUGAUAACGGCAAGUAUGUCCUGAAUGUCUCUGUCAGUGAUGGCCGGUUCCAGGUGCCCAUCGAUGUUGUGGUCCACGUUGAGCAAUUGCUACAAGAAAUGCUGCAGAACACAGUCACCAUCCGUUUUGAGAACGUUUCCCCGGAAGACUUUGUGGGCCUUCACAUGCACGGGUUCAGGCGUACCUUGCGAAAUGCAGUGCUCUCCCAAAAACAAGACAGCCUGCACAUCAUCAGUAUUCAGCCGGUGGCAGGCAGCAAUCAGCUUGACAUGCUGUUUGCAGUUCAGAUGCACAACGGUGGUUUCUAUAAGCCUGCCUAUUUGAUACAGAAGCUUACCAAUGCAAGGAGACACUUGGAAAAUGUGAUUCGCAUUUCUGCUAUCUUGGAGAAGAAUUGCUCUGGACUGGAUUGUCAGGAACAACACUGUGAGCAAAGUCUAUCUAUUGAUUCACAUUCCCUGAUGACCUAUAGCACGGCACGAAUUAGUUUUGUGUGCCCCCGCUUUUACAGGAAUGUGCGCUGCAUGUGCAAUGGAGGACUCUGCCCAGGGUCUAACGAUCCCUGUCUGGAGAAGCCGUGUCCAGGGGACAUGCAGUGUGUGGGGUAUGAAGCUAACCGGAGACCGUUCAUCUGCCAGUGCCCACCAGGAAAGCUUGGCGAAUGCUCAGGUGCAUGUCACAGCGGCCACACUUCCCUUAGCUUUGCUGGGAAUAGCUACAUUAAAUACCGGGUUUCUGAAAAUAGCAAGAAAGAGGAAUUCAAGUUGGCUCUCCGUCUGCGAACCCUGCAAAGCAAUGGGAUUAUAAUGUACACCAGAGCAAAUCCCUGUAUAAUUCUGAAGAUUGUCGAUGGCAAACUGUGGUUCCAGUUGGACUGCGGAAGUGGCCCAGGCAUCCUGGGAAUUUCUGGCAGGGCCGUUAAUGAUGGAAGCUGGCAUUCGGUCUUCCUGGAGCUGAAUCGCAAUUUCACGAGCUUGUCCCUGGACGACAGCUACGUGGAGCGCCGCAAAGCCCCCCUCUAUUUCCAGACUCUCAGCACAGAUAGCUCCGUCUACUUCGGCGCCCAGGUCCAAGUGGAUAACGUCCGCAGCCUGACCGACAAGAGAACAACGCAGGUCUUGAGCGGCUUUCAGGGCUGCCUGGAUUCCGUUGUCCUAAAUAACAACGAACUGCCGCUCCAAAACAAGCGCAGCAGCUUUGCAGAAGUGGUUGGCCUGACCGAGUUAAAGCUUGGCUGCGUCCUCUACCCCGACGCCUGCGAGAGGCAUCCCUGCCAGAACGGCGGCACCUGUACCACCGUGCCAUCUGGUGGCUAUCAGUGCAAUUGCCUCUCCCAGUUUACGGGAAGGAAUUGUGAGUCGGAGAUCACAGCCUGCUUCCCAAAUCCCUGCCGGAACGGAGGCUCAUGCGAUCCCAUCGGCAACGCUUUCAUCUGCAACUGCAAGAAUGGCCUGACAGGAGUAACGUGUGAAGAAGACAUCAACGAGUGCGAAAGGGAAGAAUGUGAAAAUGGUGGCUCCUGUGUCAACAUAUUUGGUUCAUUUCUGUGUAACUGCACCCCUGGCUAUGUGGGGCAAUACUGUGGUCUUCGCCCUGUGGUGGUUCCCAACAUACAAGCUGGGCAUUCAUACGUCGGCAAGGAGGAGCUGAUAGGAAUAGCCGUGGUCCUGUUUGUCAUAUUUAUGUUGAUCAUCCUCUUUAUCAUCUUUCGUAAGAAAGUAUUCAGGAAGAACUAUUCCCGCAACAACAUCACACUCGUACAGGAUCCAGCUACUGCCGCCCUGCUCAACAAGAGCAACGGCAUCCAGUUCAAGAACAUCAGGAACAGCGGAGACAGCAGAAAUAUCUACCAAGAGGUUGGGCCUCCACAGGUCCCGGUGAGGCCAAUGGCCUAUACCCCGUGCUUCCAGAGUGACUCGAGGAAUAACCUGGACAAGAUAGUGGAUGGGCUUGGUGUGGAGCACCAGGAGAUGACGACAUUUCAUCCCGAGUCCCCUCGAAUACUGACGGCCAGGCGGGGGGUGGUGGUGUGCAGCGUAGCUCCAAACCUGCCCGCCGUGUCUCCCUGUCGCUCUGACUGCGACUCCAUCAGGAAGAGCCCGUGGGAUGCCGGGACAGAAAGAAGUAAUAAAGGCAGCAACUCCGAAGUACAGUCCCUCAGCUCCUUCCAGUCUGAUUCUGGUGAUGAUAAUGCUUCCAUAGUGACUGUCAUACAGCUUGUCAACAAUGUAGUUGACACUAUAGAAAAUGAAGUGUCUGUUAUGGAUCAAGGACAGAACUACAACAGAGCGUAUCAUUGGGAUACCUCUGACUGGAUGCCAAGUGCUCGCUUGUCCGACAUUGAGGAAGUGCCCAACUUUGAGUCGGCAGAUGGAGGCUCGGCUCAUCAUGGAAGUACCAGAGAGCUGGAGACAGAUUACUACCUUGGUGGCUACGACAUUGACAGCGACUACCCUCCCCCUCACGAAGAGGAGUUUUUAAGCCAGGACCAGUUACCACCUCCUCUUCCAGAGGAUUAUCCGGACCAAUAUGAAACCCUCCCACCCUCGCAGCCGGUCUCAAUGGCAAGUACGCUCAGCCCCGAUUGCAGGCGGCGGCCGCACUUCCACCCUAGCCAAUACCUCCCUCCUCACCAGUUCCCCAACGAGACGGACACCGCAGGGUCUCAGACUGGGAACGAAUUUAGUACUUUUGCUGUUGGCCCAAGCCAGAACACAGAAAACGUUAGUGCAGGUAAGAUGCCCUUAUCCUUGCACAACUCUCUAGAUGCCUCCUCCUCUGGCAUCUCAGCCAGCUGCGGCUUUGAUGACUCCGAAGUAGCCAUGAGUGACUAUGAAAGCGUGGAGGAACUCAACCUAGAAAAUGUUCACAUUCCAUUUGCGGAGACCCAGCAUCAGACACAAGUGUAA